GAGAGAGCCAGAGCAGCAUGAGGAGCCGGCGGCGGGGCGGGCGGGGGCACUCCUGACUCCCGACUGACGAGCCCGGCGCAGUUUCCUCCGCUCGCCAUGUGUGUCAUCCAGCCCGACCCAUGAUUCACCUCCUGGGCUGCUCAAAACCUCCCGAGCUGCUCCCCAGCCCUCUCAGAGGGGCUGGUCCAAGCGGCCCCCCGCGCUCGGGGCUCGGAGGAGAAGAUGGGACGAGCCCGGCUGGCGCUGGGGAUCCUGGCGCUCUGCGCCGCUGCAGCCUGGGGGGGCAACAUCUGCACCACCCGUGGGGUGAACUCCUGCAAGCAGUGCCUGGCUGUGAGCCCCCUCUGUGCCUGGUGCUCUGCCGAGGUCUGGGCACAGUCAUCCCCUCGCUGUGACCUCCGUGCCAACCUGCUGCACAACGGCUGCGGGCAGGAGCACAUCGAGUCCCCCAGCAGCAGUGUCACCAUCCUGGAGGACAGACCCCUCAGCAACAAGGGCUCAGGGGGGGCCACCACCACCCAGAUGAGCCCUCAGAGAAUUCGGCUGAACCUGCGGCCGGACGACUCCCAGGUCUUCCGUGUCCAAGUGCGUCAGGUGGAAGACUACCCUGUGGACAUCUACUACCUGAUGGACCUGUCCAACUCCAUGAAGGACGACCUGAGGAACAUCCAGAACCUGGGCACGAAGCUGGCCAGCGAGAUGCGCAAGCUCACCAGCAACCUCCGCAUCGGCUUCGGGGCCUUCGUGGACAAGCCCAUCUCCCCCUACAUGUACAUCUCUCCUCCAGAAGCCGUGGAGAACCCUUGCUAUGAGAUCGGUGAGACCUGCCUGCCCAUGUUCGGGUACAAGCACGUGCUGUCGCUCACGGACGAGGUGACCCGGUUCAACGAGGAGGUGCGGAAGCAAAGCGUGUCCCGGAACCGCGACGCGCCCGAGGGCGGCUUCGAUGCCAUCAUCCAGGCCACCGUGUGUGAGGAGAAGAUUGGCUGGAGGAAUGAUGCUUCCCACCUGCUCGUCUUCACCACGGACGCCAAGACCCACAUCGCCCUGGACGGGCGGCUGGCCGGCAUCGUGCAGCCCAACGAUGCCCAGUGCCACAUUGGCAAGGAUAAUUUCUACUCUGCCAGCACCACACUGGAUUAUCCCUCUCUGGGCCUGAUGACUGAGAAACUCUCACAGAAGAACAUCAACUUGAUCUUUGCUGUGACAGAUACAGUUGUUGGCCUCUACCAGAACUACAGUGAGCUGAUCCCAGGCACAACCGUGGGCACCUUGUCCAGAGACUCCAGCAACGUCCUGCAGCUCAUCGUGGACUCCUAUGGGAAAAUCCGCUCCAAGGUGGAGCUGGAGGUGCGGGACCUCCCCGAAGAGCUGUCCCUGGCCUUCAACGCCACCUGCCUCAACGACGAGGUCAUCCCUGGCCUCAAGUCCUGCGUGGGGCUCAAGAUCGGGGACACGGUGAGCUUCAGCAUCGAGGCCAAGGUGCGGGGCUGCCCCCAGGAGCGGCAGAAAUCCUUCACCAUCAAACCCGUGGGCUUCAAGGACAGCCUGAGCGUGGAGGUGAACUUCGACUGCGACUGCUCCUGCGAGAGCCGCGCCGAGCCCCGCAGCCCGUCCUGCAGCCGCGGCAACGGCAGCCUGGAGUGCGGGGUGUGCCGCUGCAACGCGGGGCGCCUGGGCUCGCACUGCGAGUGCUCGGAGGAGGAGUACAACCCCUCGCAGCAGGACAACUGCAGCCCCCGGCCGGGCCAGCCGCUGUGCAGCCAGCGCGGGGAGUGCAUCUGCGGGCAGUGCGUGUGCCACAGCAGCGACUUCGGCAAGGUCAGCGGCAAGUACUGCGAGUGCGACGACUUCUCCUGCGUCCGCUUCAAGGGCCACAUGUGCUCGGGUGAGUGCCGGCACCGGCGGGCUGGGAGGGACCCGCUGCCGCGGGGUUUGAUAAAUGUUACACGAAGUUUAUUUAAAAAGCCCCGCCGUCGAGGCGCAGAAAGGACUCCCUGGCUUUCUAAACCCCUUCUCACAGAGGAGUCUGGAUCCAGCUGCACCCAGUCUUAG